AGAUUGGUUUGUUGUUCGCCGCUUAACUAUUUAAUUAGUGAAUAGUGCUCUCUCGCCGUCUAAUUCUUCGCUUUCGUAUUCUUCUGUAUAACACCAGCAUAGUAAGUAUAAAAUGCCGAAAGAAGUCACUGAUCUAGCCGAGUUCAAGGAACUGAUCAACGGUGACAAGGUCAUAGCUGUAGACUUCACUGCCGUUUGGUGUGGACCGUGCAAGCGAAUUGGACCAAAGUUUGAGGAAUUUUCCAAGGAGUACCCCAAUGCGACAUUCAUCAAAGUUGAUGUUGACGCCGCGGAGGAAAUAGCUGCUGCUUAUAAAAUCCAGGCAAUGCCCACUUUCAAAUUCUUCAAGGGCGGCGAGAUGAUUGGCGAAAUGGUAGGUGCCGACGAAAGCAAGUUGAAGGCGCUGUGUGAGAGCCACUGCAAGUAGUUUCGCUGAUGCCUUGACGGAAAACACAGACCUCAACACAUCCCUGAUAUUAUGUUAUAACCUAGAGGACUUCUCAUUUAUAAUCAUAAUUUCCUUAUAACGUCAACGUCGGUGCUCAAUUGGGCCGAAGUACAACAGUGCCGAAAAUGAAAAUGGGUUCAAUUUUUCAUGAAGCACUUUUUUGGUAUCUUUUGCUUGUUUUAGGAUAAGGUAUCAAAUUAAAAGGGUAAGUUUGGCUUUUUAUAUUCAGCCAUUUUCAGUUGAAUAAUUUUUUAGUUAUUCGGGAUGUGUAAAAAGUGUUGAAAUUUUUUUUCUUCACUGUUGAAAAACAAUUUAAUUUUGGCACUGCUGUAUUUUUGGCACUGUUGGACUGGCGCGUACGUAACUUAGUAACUGGCAGCAGUUUUGGUUGAGUACACUGUUUGUUGUUUAAUGAUAUAUUAUGUAUUUAAUCAUUAACCAAUCAAUCGUUGUCCUUUGUUGUGGUUUCAACCUCAAUAUGUUUGAGGUUGGUGCUUUCAGUUUGAAGUUGUGAGUCACGGGCUUGACUAAGUUUCGAUGCAUAAGUAUGCAAUUAUAAUUACGUGAGUGACCUUGUGAUAACUAAGUUCAGAUAAAGAUGAAUUACAGCAUGCAAAAUUUUGAGGUUGAAAACGUAUUCUGUGGAUAGGGAACUGUUUAUGGUUAUGGACCCGGCUUAUGUAUUAUAAUAUUUUGAUAUUG